UACAUACACACACAGCGCGCGCCCGCGCACACAUUCAAGUAUACACAUACACUCGUCCGUAUAUAGUUAUUGAUUGACACAAACAGCUAUUUUUAUCAUAGCACACACAAACCCAGGUGAAGGACAGGCACACACACACACACCAGCAUGGCUCUGUUGUAUCACGUGACCUAGGCAACUUCUACUUUCAUCAGUGCCAGACGACGAUCGUCAAAUACAAGUAUUUUACAUCAUAAUUAUUGUAGGUUCGACUUCCAGCUAUCAUUCAAGUUUUUUUAGCUCUAGAAAACAAUAUUAAAAGAACCACAGGAUAAAAUAAAACAAGAGAUAAACAAACAUUGACUCCACAGGAAGAUGAAGGCUUCAUGUUGUAAUGCAAACUUUAACAAGUGUUGGUUACGCAUUAUUUUCACUAUCACUUGAAUUUCCACAGAUCGCUGGGCAGUGGCCAGCACUAUUCAUAGACAACAAACAACGUCUAGCUUGUAAACAAUCAGUGAGCACUAGUACUAUUACAGCUACACCAUAAUUAAUUGGUUAAUAGUCAUCACGGUCCAUAGGUUACACCCGAGGUAUGAACAAAGUCAAAUUGUUACCACGCGAUCAUAAAGUUUUGGUUCGUUGGUUUGUUGGAGGUUAUGACCAUUUGUGGACGGCAUGAAAGUUUGAAAACAGUGUAAUAAACAGCACACACACAAAAACUCCCUGAGGCCAGGACUGCCAGUAUAGUACAUGUGUUCUUCAUAUAUAAUCAGUAAGUACGUUUACUGAUAGUUGAUAAGUGACUAGCGUUGUCCAGGCUCCACGUCAAACAACCAUUAUCAACACCUCACCACAACAAAAGAGAUUGUAACGAGCUUCUAAUAUAUCGAGCCUGAAGUUACGAUAAUCAAGUGGGAGGACUAUCUUGUCCUCUCUGACCAAAUAUGAAGUCAUUUGCUGAUCAAUUUUCGUCGUUUAAGAAUCGCUACAGAGACUCGAACGUGGUCUCGAUCCCUCCUUACACCUCUAUUGGCGUUGGUGCUAUGAGUGUGUACAAGUCAACGGUUUUACCAAUUUGUUCCCCGGCUGCAGCUGCUGCUAGUUGUGAAGAGUUUACCAACGACAGUCCCACAGACUUGCAGACUGGCGAUACUGUCGCCAUACUUAACACAGACACUUCGAAUAGUAACGCUGCUAAUAACAAUAUAGUCGGUAGCCCGAGCAGUGACAGCGAUAAUAUAAGCUGUCCAAGUUCCACAAUGGGUCAGGUACAAACCUCACAAAGUUUCCAAAGAAAUAAUAAUAGUUUCAACAACGACAACAAUAACAAUGACAACAUCAACAGUGUAACAUCUGUUGUCAGCGUCACUGUUGAGAAGCAUGGCUUGGACUACAGUUUACCAUCAUCAACACCAAUUUUACCAAACCAUCGAAACAUAUCAGCUCAGGGAGGGAGCUCUAUUCAACCGAAACAACUAUAUGCAGGAGAAUCUUCUGUGGAUAACGAUAAUGCUAGCAGAGUGUCACCAGAACAAAGCAUGGAGAAAGAAUUUGGACUGGAUAAAAAUAUAAAUGUUGUGAAACCUUGUAGUUCCAAAGUGUAUUUACUAGAUAGAAGCAAAGUGCAAUAUGCUGAAGGAGACUUAGAUUCUGCAGAAGAAGUCAUGGAAGAUUCCAAAUUGAGCAAUGAUGCAAAGAACAUUGAUUUUUCAACCCCUGUUAGUCCAAGUUCCACAAGAACUAAGAACAGUAGAAGUGUUAGUCAGGGUUCUUUAGAUUCCUUGGACAAACAAAGGGGAAAUAUUUCUUACAACGAUGAUGGAGAAUUUUAUAUUUCAGCUUAUUCCAAUAUUCCAGUACAGGUACCAAUUAUCGGAUAUGAAACUAUGGAACAACGUGCCAGAUUUACCGUAUUUAAACUGCAAGUAAUCCAUUCACCUCAUGACUCCUGGUUUGUUUUUCGCCGUUACACAGAUUUUGUUCAGUUAUCAGAUAAGAUUACUCAACUUCAGCUGAAAAAUAUAUCUCCUACAUUUUUAAUACCUCUUCCACCAAAACGAUGGUUUGGAGACAACUUUGAUCGUCACUUCCUUGAAGACAGACAACGGGGUUUACAGGAUUUCAUCAACAAAAUUCUUAAGAAUAAAAUCCUUUGUGAAUGUGCACCUGUCAGAGAAUUCUUUUGUUUUGACGACCCUCCUGGGCCACAUGACAGUCUUGAAGAAAGCCGGGCCUUAUGCGAGUCUCUUGAAGAGCAAACGUACAACCUCAAAAAGGAACUAAAAGAUAAGGAGCACGAGAUUGAUUUACUAAAAGCUGAGUUGAAUUUGUGUAAAUCACAAAUUGAAGAUUUAAAGAAAUUUGAUAAGCUACAUAUAAAUAGUAAAUCUUGUGACUUGGAGUUAACUCCCCCCAGUCGACCCAAUAGUGGCAGUAACGAUUUUCUGAAUGAAUGUCCAGAAGUUGACCAGAAUAGUUUUGAGGAACCAGUUGAAUCAAACACCCAAUGACUAUCAGCUCCUUUACCUAUUACAUGAUUCUCAAUUAUGGUUGUGCCAAAUUUUGCAAAUAAAACCUAGACUUUUUUGUUGAUUA